AUGCCCUCAAAUAUUCUUGGUGUACCAACGAGUGGUAUGCUUCCAUCAUCAUCUUCUGCAAAUAAUAAACAGAAAAAGAUAAAGGAUUAUCAAGGAAGAAUUUAUAUAUUUACACAAAAAGAAUUGGGUAAUGAUACUGAUUAUUUAAAAAUUAAGGAAAUUGUUGAACAAAGUGGAGGUGAUGUAUCUGAGAUUAAAGUUGAAGGAAAACCAUACUUGAUCGCUUUGAUGAAGAAAAUUGUUGGAGAUUUGAAACCACCACACGUUUUUUUCAAUGAUGAAUAUAUUGGAGGCUUGGAAGAGAUCAAAAAUUUAAAGGAAAGUGGGUUAUUAACAGUCAAGAUUCAAACAUGUAAGAAUGCUCUCACUCCAGGAGAAUUGUACAAAGUCUACAGAAAACAAGGUGAUUUAUUUGUCAUUUCACCAAAUCACUUGUAUUUCCCUCCUCCUUCAAAGAGAUUGAUUACUUGUUGCAUUACACUCUACAAUAGAACAGACAAAUAUACGGCCUAUAAAUUAAAAACAACAUGCCCUAACAGAUAUAUUGUAAAACCAAAGAAGGGUAUUGCUCCACCCAAUGGAACAGCUCAAGUUGAAAUUACCAUGCAAAAACCAGUUACAACUGAUGAGAAGGGAGAUAAAUUUAGAGUGGAAUCACUGGCACUUCAAUACUACAAACCAGAAAUGGAGGAUCAAGUUGAUGAAUUGUUCAAAGAAGCUGAAGAACGAAGAGUUGUCAAACAAAAGAUUUCUUGUCGUUUUGAGGCUCCUCCAACAGGAUUCACAGUAAGCAAUAAUGAAGAUGGAUCAAUUACUGUAAAGAAAUCUCAAUCAUCUGUUGAUAUUUUUGAUGGUUUUCCAAUUGAUCAAUUUUCUCAAGCUGUCAAGAAACAAAUUGAGAUUAAUAAUUCCAAACACAAGCCUCAAUUUAAUAUUCCUGUAUCAACAGAAGCCAAGCUAGAGACAGUUGUUUCUGCUACCUCACCACUCUCUGAACUCAUUUUUGAAUCUCCAAGAAACUUUGAACUUCCAAAACAAUAUUACGAAACCCCUACUGAAACCGAAAAGAGCCCUGUAACAACACAAUCACCAACUAUUGUCAAAUCUACUUCCAAUGAUUUGGCCUCUCCUAUCGCUGAUGAAGAAUCAAACAAAUUGGAAAAGUUAAAGAGUAGUUCUGAAAAAAUUGUACAACAAAAGACACAACAAAAAGCUGAAACAUCAAAAGGACUGGAGGAAUUGUACAAGGAAGAAUAUAAUCGAUUGGAAAAGGAAUAUGAUCAAAUUAUUAACAAGUUAAAAACCUCAGAGCAAAGAGUGAAGGAAUGCGAGCUCACCAUUGAUAGUCUCAAUGAAAGAUUGAGAGAAAGUGAACAAAAUUUAGAAAAGGAAAGAGCUAAGAAGAGAGUUGAUGUCUCUGUAUUGGAAUCAUCCCUUGGAAAUCGUUCAACCUUAGAAUUUGAUGAAAAGAAUGGCUACUCACUCAUAGGAAUAAUUGCAGUAGCUCUAAUUUGCCUCUUGAUUGGUAAAUUAAUGCCUUAAUUUUUGUAAUUUUACCAAUUACAAUGUCUAAUGUGUACAUUAAACGAGUAAAUUUUGUUGU